CUCAAGUCUGACCGCGGCGUCGCCACAGAAACGAGCAAACGCGACGGCGAGCGAGGGACACGAACCAGACGCGGGAGACCGAGUGAAAGCGCGGGGUUUUGCCCGCCACCCACCACCACUCCCACCCGGCGUCGGUGCGGCACCGCUGCCAACGCCAAAACGCUGGGGCGCCGCCGGGGUAAGAGACGAGGAGGCGAUAACCGAGAGCUUCUGCUGCUUGCUGGAGCUACCCCGUCCUCGGUCGACCAGUUCCGAGCACGAAUUAGAACUGGCUCAGCACAAACGUUUGUAGGAGGCCACGGAAUUCGGGACAUGGGGAGCUCCGUCAGUUGCUUGUGGGGCGGCUCCAGGUCGAGGCGAGAUCAGAAUGGUCAAUUCGCGGUUUCCUCUCCCCGUUCAGGUCGUGUAUUAUCAAGAGCUGGAAAUAAUGUACAAGUCUUCUCCCUAAACGAGUUGAAGUCUGCCACACGAAACUUUCACAUGAUGAACUGCAUUGGCCGUGGGGGUUUUGGAACAGUGUAUAAGGGAAAUCUGAAAGAUGGCACUCAAAUUGCAAUAAAAAAGCUUUCAGCUGAAUCAAAGCAAGGAACUAACGAAUUCUUGACAGAGAUUAAUGUCAUAUCAAACGUCAGGCACCCGAACCUUGUACAGCUGAUUGGUUGCUGCGUAGACGGUAAUAACAGACUAUUGGUGUAUGAAUAUGCGGAGAAUAACAGUUUGGCAAAUGCUUUGCUUGGACCAAAGAAUAAAUGUAUUCCAUUGGACUGGCAGAAGAGAGCUGCUAUCUGUAUUGGAACUGCUUCUGGCCUUGCGUUUCUUCAUGAGGAAGCACAACCACGCAUUGUCCACCGUGAUAUCAAGGCUAGCAACAUUUUACUUGACAAGAAACUACUGCCUAAAAUUGGAGAUUUUGGACUGGCCAAGCUUUUUCCUGAUACUGUCACUCACAUAAGCACGCGUGUUGCAGGAACAAUGGGUUAUUUAGCGCCAGAGUAUGCCUUGUUAGGACAGUUAACCAAGAAAGCUGACAUAUAUAGUUUUGGGGCGCUUCUUCUUGAAGUAAUAAGUGGUCAAAGCAGCAGCAAGUCGACUUGGGGGCGUGAUAUGCAUGUCCUCGUGGAAUGGGCAUGGAAGCUGCGGGAAGAAGGACGGCUUUUGGAAAUUGUUGAUCCAGACCUGGAAAAGUACCCAGAGGAGCAAAUGCUUCGUUUCAUCAAGGUGGCACUUCUGUGUACGCAAGCCACAUCCCAGCAGAGACCAUCCAUGAAUCUGGUUGUGCAUAUGCUAUCUAACCAAACAGAAAUUGAUCUGCAAAAUGUAGUUCCACCAGGUGUGCUGAAAGAACCUCGCCAUCAUACUGGUGGUUUUGGGGGUUUGACAGCAGACACAUCCUCGAGUCAAAGCACCAAAUGCAAUCCAGCUGAAUCCUACAGUACACAGACCAACGUGAACAGCUAUGAGUUGAGCACGAUUGAGGUGUCACCAAGGUGAUGCGAUAGACUAUUGGCUUGCAAGCUUGUUUGCCGUCUUCAGAGGGCUCUCGCACUCCCACGAGGUUUGACUGUGCUCGGCGCUGACAAAUUAUCUUGAUAUGAAACGCCCUGGUCCAUUUUCAUCCUGAUUUAGGAACCACAUAGAAUGUGAGGGUGGUUGUUGUGAAUUGCUGAUGUACAGGAAUUGUAGUUAACCUUUUUUUUUUGUUGGUGGAGGAGGAAUUGUAGUGCACUUUGACAAUUGACAUCAUAUGUUCUUUUCUUUAAAGCCCGUUGUAAGGGAUACAUUGCAAGAGUACUACAGUCGUGACUGUAGUGUAUGCGAGACAAACUGAGUUCGGGAUAUGAGCAAGAAAGUUGUGGUGAAGAACAUCUACGAUAUAUACAAACAUACUAAUGUUCCAUACA